GCAACCCUGAACAUCAGGAGUCAGCUAUUGCAGAGGCUGGCAGCUGGCUGGUAAUGCCCAGGGUUCCUUUUCUCCAGGGACAGAAAGAGGAACCUUCCUAGGACUUUGUGCCUGGAGAACACAGAAGAUGGCCUUCAUUGUAGCUCUGGGGAUCUUGAUGGCAGGGAUCUGCCCUGCUGUCCUCUGCUUCCCAGAUGGCACAUUGGGAAUGGACACUGCAGUCCAAGAAGACCAAGACAAUGGGACACUAGUGGACAGUCUCACAUUGGCCUCCAUCAACACUGACUUUGCCUUCAGCCUCUACAAGAUGCUGGUUUUGAAGAAUCCAGAUAAAAAUGUCGUCUUCUCCCCACUUAGCAUCUCAGCUGCCUUGGCCGUCCUGUCCCUGGGAGCAAAGGGCAACACCCUGGAAGAGAUUCUAGAAGGUCUCAAGUUCAAUCUCACAGAGACCCCUGAGGCAGACAUCCACAGGGGGUUUGGGCAUCUCCUACAGAGGCUCAGGCAGCCAAGGGACCAGGUGCAAAUCAAUACAGGCAGCGCCAUGUUUAUUGAAAAGCGCCUUCAGAUCCUGGCAGAAUUCCAAGAGAAGGCAAGGGCUCUGUACCAGGUUGAGGCCUUCACAGCUGACUUCCAGAAGCCUCUUGAGGCCAAAAAGCUCAUCAAUGACUAUGUGAGUAAAGAGACCCAGGAGAAGAUCAAGGAACUGAUCUCAGACCUGGAUGCGAUGACAUCCAUGGUUCUGGUGAACUACAUCUACUUUAAAGGCAAAUGGAAGGUGCCCUUUGACCCUCAUGACACAUUCAAGUCUGAGUUCUACGUGGGCAAAAGGAGGCCUGUGAAAGUGCCCAUGAUGAGCAUCGAGGACCUGAGGACACCCUACUUCAGGGAUGAGGAGCUGUCCUGCUCUGUGGUGGAGCUGAAGUACACAGGAAAUGCCAGCGCCCUGUUCAUCCUCCCUGACAAGGGCAAGAUGCAGCAGGUGGAAGCCAGCUUGCAACCAGAGACCCUGAGGAAGUGGAAGGAAUCUCUGAAACCCAGGAUGAUAGAUGAACUGCACCUGCCCAAGUUCUCCAUCUCCGCUGAGUACAGGCUGGAGGAUGCCCUUUCAGAGCUGGGCAUCAGGGAAGUCUUCUCUACACAGGCUGACCUGUCUGGGAUCACAGGGUCCAAGGACCUGAGUGUCUCUCAGGUGGUCCACAAGGCUGUGCUGGAUGUGGCUGAGACAGGCACAGAAGCAGCUGCUGCCACAGGAGUCAAAAUUGUCCCACUAUCUGGAAAACUGAACCCUCUGACUGUAUAUUUCAACCGGCCUUUUGUGCUGAUUAUCUUUGACACAGAAACUGAAAUUGCCCCCUUUAUGGCCAAGAUAUCCAACCCCAAAUGAGACAAGAACUUCUUAAGUGUUGGCUCUUCUUCCCAGGAGCCAGGCAUUGAGCCCGUCUGUGGGUCUCCAUGUACACUGUGGCUUCCAUGCUCUGCUCGGCUGUGACAUGCCUGGGUCAGACAGUGACUGUGUAACAACCUCAUGCACAGACGCCUGUGGGUAGUCAUUGUCUUGCUCCCAGACUUCUUGGCAGGACUAGCUUAUGUUCCUGAACCUGAAACUUGUCUUAUUCCCUGCCCCUGCUCUCUCCCCUGUAUCUGCCUCAACCUGAAAGCCAGGGCCACAGCAGAUAGGCUCAGUCCCAGCUUAGGCUCUGGUUAGGUCUCCCUUCAGCGUUGCUGUCUUGAUGGAACUGUGUAAGCUUAUAGGCCAACCCACAAGGACCAAGAAGAAAACUUGCUGCCCUGUGUUUCUCUGCAGCGUCUGGGACCACUUGGUGCCCAGGUCUGUGUCACUUUUUCCCUCCUCCAGGCUCUGCCUCCAUGCACUGCCUCUUGCAGGAUCUCCUGACCUUGUCCACAUCUGGCACAGAGUUGGAGCCCUCACUUCUGCAGAUGCAUGGAGCCUGAUGGUCAGACCAGAUCCUUUCCUCCCGGCGCUCCUACUUAGAGUAAAGUGGCCUUUCUUUUAGCUCCCAGCUGACCAGCUCCACACAAAAGAUGAGCACCGCCAACCAAAAUAAAGAAACAGGAGCAAAGGGUCAAUAAAUAUAUAACUGCAUUGAA